AUGGACGAUCGGGCGACACGAAUCUGCGAUGCGUUAGGAGUUUCUCGAGAAGAAGCAUUCUAUUACCUCGAAGCAUACCGAGGGGAUGUGGACGCAGCCAUAGAGGCUUGCCGGAGCAAAUCGUUGCCGCUGCCGCUGCCGUCACCAACGGUUCAAUCUUCGCUGGGAAACGAGAAAUCCGCGUCGGAGGCUCCGGAUAUACCGCCAUUGAUGACCGAUUCAGAUCAGAGUUCGAAUCAGCCACCGGGUCCGCAGGAAGAACAACCGCCUCAAUCGAGACCUGAAAAAAUCAAAGCAUUCUGCGAAGCGGCUCUUGGAGCGAGUCUAGAUGAGGCAGUGCGAUACCUAGAACGCAGAAAGUGGAAUAUACAAGAAGCCGUCGGCGAUUUCUUUGACGAGUGCCGUCCAACGCCUUCUCAAAGGAAGUCUAAUCGGCCGGUUUAUCCUCCGCCGGUUGGGGGAUCUAAUGCGCCGCUGACGAUUGGGCGGUCGCAUCCGCAGGACGCAUCUGCUUUGACUGGAUUGGUACCGGAGGGGUUGAUGCAGAACGUAGGUCAAUGGAUGGAUUCAUUCAAAUUGACACCAGUCCAAAUCAGUAGCUCUUCUUCUUCUCGUGCGAUGGAUUUUGACCCGUCAGAGUCACUCAACGGAGCUGGUGUAGAACAAGAACAUUUCCUUGAAGCUAUAUCUCAAUUGAAGUUUCAAAACACUCAGGGAAGUGGAAACUCCACACAAACCAGUGAAGAAAACCCUUCGCCGCCGAGGGAUGCUGUUGAUCGAAUCUGCAAUGCAGCAUCAGUGUCUCGAGAGGAAGCACUCUUUUACCUUGAGGGAUUCAAGUGGGAGUUUGAUACGGCGAUGGAGGCUUGCCGCACAAAAACCUUGCCGCCCGUCAAUGAAACUGCUGAGGCGCCGCCUACUUUGCAGCCUCAAUCCAUUAAUGAACAACUCAUCUCGCAGCGUCAAUCCAAUAAUGAACAACUCAUCCGUUCAUUCCAAGUCGUGGCUGUUGGAACGACUAGAGAAGUAGCAAUCGCUUACCUUGAAGCCUGUGGUUGGGAUGUAGACCAAGCCGUCAGCUUUUGCAUUGAAGGGUCCUCAGUGGAAGAAGCAUAUUCGGCGAGUAUUAUGAGUUUAAUGAAGACGAAAGAUGCACUUCAUUCAUUGAAGGGAUCAUUACCUUCACAGUCACAGUUUGAGGCUUCAUGUAGCCAAAUAGGAAGCUCUUCUAGUUCGAUUAAUGCUUGCCCGACCGAGACACAAGUGUCACGUGAAGAGGCUGGUGAAGAUAAGGUCACAGUGGCUAUUCCUGGAAUGGGGUCGUCUCACGUGGAUGGUAACGCUGUUGAGGAAGUUUCAAGCACGGAGACAUUCCCUGAUCCUUUUGCCAUCCAAGACAGGACAAUUGUGGGGGCUCCAACUGCACCAACUACUAUUACAGUAUCUAUCGUCUUGGCCGAUGAUGGGUCUGGGGCAUCGAUAGAUCUUCCUUUUAGAUCAAACCAAACCGUAAGAGACAUACGCAAUGCUAUUGACGAGCGAACACCAGAGAACGACAGAGACUACUAUUUGCAAUCAAUGACUGGAGUAGAAUACAAGGAUAUGGAUACUACUGUACACAGAAUUAACCAGGGUGGUUCUACAAUUCUCCUUCAGGUCUACCCCGAUCCGUAG